GAAAACGUCAAGAAACUACAUCGCAUAUCGACGAGAGAUAAAUGUGAUAGCAAAUGUUUUCUGUCAAAGUGUGAUGAAACGUAUGCGAGAAUUUUCUGAUAAAACGACCAUCCAGACAAUACGUGUAAUCUUAAAUGUACCAAUAAAUGUAUAAUAAGGGAAUAUAUAACCUCGUGCAUUGAACAGAUUGAUGUACACGUUAUUUUGAUUUAGCGCAACAUUUUUCUUUGCAUUUGGACAAAACAUGGAUAAAUUAAGAAGAGCCCUGAGUGGCAAUGAACAAUGCGACGAAGAAAGUGGCAUUAUUACGCAGGUCAUGGACCAAUCGACACUGAGUUGGUCUACCAGGAUAAAAGGUUUCGCAAUAUGUUUCAUUGUUGGUAUACUAUGUUCUUUUCUCGGAUCAUUUGCCUUAUUCUUAAAUAAAGGCCUUGCAGUAUUUGCUGUGUUCUACACUCUAGGAAAUAUUAUUUCUUUGGCUAGUACCUGUUUUUUAAUGGGUCCAUUUAAUCAGUUUAAGAAGAUGUUUGCACCAACAAGAUUAAUUGCAACUAUAUUAGUAUUUGUUACUAUUGCUUUAACGUUAUUUGCUGCUCUACAUUUGCACAAUCCUGGCUUAGCCCUCCUAUUUAUAAUUAUUCAAUCCUUAGCAAUGACAUGGUAUUCUUUAUCAUACAUACCAUAUGCUCGUGAUGCUGUUAAAAAGACUGUGGAAUCUUGCAUCACAUGAAAGAAGAUAUUAUCGCAUCAGUUUGUUAUACAAAUGCACUAUGUACUGUUUGCAGAAUCUUUUUACAUUCAAACCAUUUUGUGGUGUUGAACAUGGAUUAUAUACUCCACUCAUAUUGGCAGGAAUUACGUGGUAAGACAAUUGAAAGAUAUAUUUUGUAAGUUAAUCAUACUAUACGAGUAAUAUGAUUAUAAAACUCCUGUUGUACACACUGUAAUAAAUAUACUGGAUUUUAUAUAAUGCAGGAUACAAUAAGUUGCUUGGUUUUUUAAUAAGCAAACUUUUAAUAAUUAUGCAAUCAGUACAAUAUUUAAUUUUGUUUAGGCAGUUGAGUUCUUUCUUUUAAUAAACUCUAAGUCAGGGUAGUAUACACAAAUAACAUAUAUUUAAAGUAAUAAAAGUCAACCACGAAUUAUAUAUAUGUUUAUAUUAAUAUUAUACUAAACUAAUAGUUAUAUUAAUAGUUACUGUUAUAUUUCUCACUCAUGUUUGACUCGAUAAUAGUAUUUUUAUAUGUCUCAUCACUCUGGCAAAGCGUUAAUAACAUUCAAUCAAUCCAUGUAUGAAUUAAUGUAAUGAUAAAUGAUACAGUGUUAUUUACCAACAUUUAUUAUUUGGCAUUUAACAUGACCAGAUUGUAUCUAUGCUGUUA